GCCAGUGAUUCCCAGCAGGAAUUCCCAGUGAUUCCCAGCAGGAUCUCCCAGUGACUGCCAGUGAUUCCCAGCAGGAAUUCCCAGUGAUUCCCAGCAGGAUCUCCCAGUGACUGCCAGUGAUUCCCAGCAGGAAUUCCCAGUGAUUCCCAGCAGGAUCUCCCAGUGACUGCCAGUGAUUCCCAGCUCUGAUUCCCAGCAGGGAUUCCCAGCAGGACACCGGUGGGAGCCCGAGGGGGCCCAGCCGGGACUGGUCUCUGUCCCCGUGUGUCCCCCGCGGUGCCAGGCCAGGCUGGAGGGUGCCCGGGUUAGCAUGACCGAGGUGGAACCCGUGCUGGACUUCGCAUCCUCCGGCAGGACGGGCCGGCGCAAUGCCCUGCCCGACAUCCUGGGCUCGCCCGCCGGCGUCAGCCCCGCCGACCUGCCCCUCAAACUGGCCGAGAUGUCCCUGAGCGCAGGCAGCGCCCAGGACAUGCAGUCGCCCUCAGCGGAGGCGCCCCCUCCGCAGCCCCCCAGCCCCGAGCUGAAGGACACGUCCUAACCCCGCCCGGGGGGACAUUUGUGACCGGCGGAGGAAGGAGAGGCUGUGGAGCAGCAGCCCGGCUUUCCCGGCACAGCCCGAGUCCGCUGGGAUUUCCUCGGUGCUGCCGCAGCGAGACCCCGGAGCCCCCGGCCACGGGGCAGAGCGCGUGGCGGGGACGCGGCGGGGACACGGAGGGGACCUGCUGUGACAAGGGGUGACUCCCACCCACGCCCUGGGCCAGGACUCGCGGGGGGGGAUGUUUUUGCCUCCCCGGGGGGAGGAAUAUUUUUCUUCUGGGGCAUUUGGCGGAGCCGAGCGCGGGGGGGGGGUCCCGGGGGGCCCUUCUGGCCGCAGGAGCAGCCACGGGUGUUUCUUGCUGAGUGUGGUGUUCACUGUGAUGUUUUUGGGUAC